ACGUUUUCUUUUGAAGAAAAUGGAUUAUCUAAAAUUGGAGUUACUUAUAUUAUUUUUUUCUAUUCAAUGACGCAAAGGAGAUUCAGCAAUUUUCCUGGUUCUUCUGAAGCAGUUCUGGAACUCCCGGAGAUAAAAAGUGCUAGUGAUGCAAUACGGAACAUAGAUGUUCUUCCAAAGCCACACCUGUCCUCAGUGCACAGGGAAGGAAAAUCUAUCCAGGAUUUACUUGACUGUCUUUCCCUAGCACUUGGAUUUCAGCUCUCAUAUGUUAAAUUGGAAGCAGCUCUGUUUGAUCUCUUGGAAAGAUUUGGUGUAACUUACAAAUGGUCCUUUCAGCUUAUGCUGUUUCUUAUGUUUUGGAAAGCAUUGUAAUAAGACAGCAAAGUUUCAGUUGUCCACGGUCAAGCAAUCUACUGGUCAAGCUGUGUGUUCUAAUGCAGUUCAAUGUAAAUACCUGUUGCAAGACUGGAUAUCAAUAGCCACGACCUUUCAAAGUGGGCAGCUUUAGACUAUAGGUGAGAUAAACCAUGAUCUUUCAAAGUGGGCAGCUUUAGACUGGAGGUGAGAUAACCAUGAUCUUUCAAAGUGGUGGAAAAUAACAAGCGCUACUGCCUGAAUUUAUUCACCGAAGUGGGCUUACUCCUUAGUUCAUACGAAACCUCUAAUCUUGUUGGAGCAGCGUUGAAUCAACUAUUUUUCUUGAAAAAUCAUUUUUUUGGGUAAAUAUAUAUUUACUGUUUUUUUCA